AGUCCUUACACCAUAGGCAUCCCUUUCUAUAGCUUUUAGUCACGCCCUACUACAUGCGCACGUACGCGCAACACUAGAUCUCACCCCAAACUUCCCUUCCCUCCCUUCCCUCUAACCGCAACCCAACCCCCAACUCGUACGGUCACAAAAGCACUCACCUUUCCCUGUCAAAUUAGCAUAACCCCUGUUCUUCUUCUUCUUCAAAGUUCAAACCUUUAUGUACUGGGAAGCAAUGUCUCUCAAACCCUAGACAAACCCAGAAGAAAAGUUCAAUACUUUUUGUGUAUAUUGGGACUGAUUUUGAAGGCUAAAUUCAACCAGGCUGUGGCUCCAUUUUCAGGUUCUAAUUGCUGCUUGGUUUCCCAAUCUUGAAAAUUCCACCUUGCAUGUGUUUUCUGCUCUCAAUUUCUAUGCUUUUAUGUAUGUUCAACCACAAGAAAGUAAGAAACCCAUGUUGAAAUUUCCCCCCAAAUUGUUGCAUUUUUCUAGGGUUUCAGUAGCUACUGGAUUGAGUACCAAUGUGCAAUUAGCUUGAAUCUUGUAAAUGGGUGAUGUUAAGAUACCAAAUUGGCUUAAAGGGUUGCCAUUGGCGCCCGAGUUUCAUCCAACCCAUACCGAAUUUGCUGACCCAAUUGCUUAUAUAUCGAAAAUUGAGAAGGAAGCCAGUGAAUUUGGUAUUUGCAAGAUUAUCCCACCAUUGCCGAAACCUUCCAAGAGAUAUGUUUUUAGUAACUUGAAUAAGUCACUUGCUAAGCGGCCCGAAUUGGGUUCUGAUUUGAUCCCUGGGAAUGAUGGUGAUGCUGUGAAAGUGGGUUCUGGGGAUGGUAGUAAUGAUGGGGAGGUUAGGGCAGUGUUUACCACUAGGCACCAAGAAUUGGGGCAGACUGUGAAAAGAGCGAAAGGGGCGGGUGUUCAGGAUCCGCCGCCAUCGGGUGUUGAUAAGCAAGUGUGGCAAAGUGGGGAAGUUUAUACUUUAGAGCAGUUUGAGUCCAAGUCCAGAGCUUUCGCAAGGAGCAUUUUAGGUACAAUUAGAGAUGUUUCUCCAUUGGUUAUAGAGGCAAUGUUUUGGAAGGCAGCUUCUGAGAAGCCGAUAUAUAUUGAGUAUGCCAAUGAUGUGCCUGGGUCUGCUUUUGAAGAACCGGAGGGUCUGUUGUGCUAUUCACGUAGGCGGAGGAGGAAGAGGAAUUCCUACCACAGAAGUGGACCAAACUCUGAUAGCAAGAAAAGUGAAAUGAUUAGCAGUUGUGAAAGAAAGUCCCAAAAUGGUGAAGUUGAGGAUGCUUCCCCUAAAAAUGUUUCACUUACAUCCGUGGAGGUACCCAAAUCAUCUGCUUUGCCAGGAAUAGUGUCAACAGAUGAAACUUCUCAAUCUUCUAGGAAAAAAAGUCAAAAUUCUUCUUGUGACGUGGAAGGUGUUACUUCUCCUAUGGUUUACAUCGGCAUGUUGUUCAGCUGGUUUGCUUGGCAUGUUGAAGAUCAUGAGCUUCACAGCAUGAAUUUUCUGCACAAUGGAUCUGCAAAGACUUGGUAUUCUGUUCCUGGAGAUUAUGCAUUUGCUUUUGAGGAACUUAUUCGCACUGAGGCGUAUGGUGGUACUGCUGACCGUCUGGCUGCUCUCUCACUAUUGGGUAAUAAAACAACUUUAAUGUCACCUGAGGUAGUUAUCGCAUCGGGAAUUCCUUGUUGCAGGUUAAUACAGAAUCCUGGUGAAUUUGUUGUGACUUUUCCAAGGGCUUACCAUGUAGGAUUCAGUCACGGUUUCAAUUGUGGAGAAGCUGCUAACUUUGGAACACCACAAUGGCUUAAAGUGGCUAAAGAAGCUGCAGUACGUAGAGCUGCUAUGAAUUAUCUUCCUAUGCUCUCCCAUCAACAGCUGCUAUACCUCUCGACUAUGUCUUUUGUUUCAAGAGUGCCGAAGUCCCUACUACCAGGUGUGCGGAGUUCCCGUAUGAGAGAUAGGCAAAAGGAAGACAGAGAGCUAUCAGUAAAGAAGGCUUUUAUUGAAGAUAUUUUAAAUGAGAACGAUGUGUUAUCUGCUCUUCUUGGGAAAGAAUCAAGUUGCCGUGCAGUAUUAUGGAAUCCUGAUUUACUUCCAAAUGCAAGUAAAGAGUCUUCCAUACCCACUGCAAGUGCUCCUGUUGAUACGAAUUCAAAAGAAAAUGCUACGGAUACUCAGGGUGGAAAUAGUACUAAUGAUCAGAACUUUCUGGUAGAUGAAAUGAGUUUGUACAUGGAAAAUCUUAACGACUUAUAUUUGGGCAGUGAUGAUUUGUCUGAUGACUUCCAAGUUGACUCAGGAACAUUGGCAUGCGUGGCAUGUGGGAUACUUGGGUUUCCAUUUAUGUCUGUGGUGCAACCAUCUGAGAAGGCGUCAAUGGAACUUCAGCCUGAAUGUAUUUUGGCUGAAGAAUUGCCUGGAGUUUCAGGCAAUUCUCAUAUCUCUCCAGAGCAUAGCAAAUCUUUCAAAGGCUGUGCUACAGAGGAUCUCUCUCCUAUUUCCAAUGCUUUUCCACAUGCAAGGGAUCCCGUCUUACCUUGCACAGCAAGGUUUAACAACUGUUGGAAUACUGUUGAUAAAUUUCUGAGACCACGGAGUUUCUGUCUUGAACAUGCUGUUGAAACUUUGGAGCUGUUGCAGUGUAAAGGUGGAGCAAACAUGCUUGUGAUUUGCCAUUCUGACUAUCAGAAAAUAAAGGCUCCUGCUGCAGCCAUUGCAGAAGAAAUUGGUUGCCCUUUUAACUAUAACGAGGUUCCAUUGGACAUUGCCUCAAAUGAAGAUUUGAACUUGAUAGAUCUUGCUGUCGAUGAUGGACGUGAUGAAUGUGGAGAAGAUUGGACCUCAAAGUUGGGUAUCAACCUACGGCACUGUGUCAAGGUCAGAAAAAGUUCUUCCUCGAAGCGAGUCCAGCAUGCAUUGGCAUUGGGUGAAGUGUUCUCGAAACAAAGUCGCAGCUCAGAAUUUCUGGCCGUUAACUGGAAAUCUAGAAGAUCUCGGACGAAGAAGGUUUAUCUAGAUGCCCCUUACAAACAAUGUGACAGCAUUGACAAAAAGAAGGAAGAAGUGGUGGAGGCAAAGUCAGCAGAUGCCACCUCUUUUAAAAGGGAAGCAAAAAUAAUUCAAUAUUCAAGAAGGAAUAAGCGAAAACCAAGUACUUCUACGGGAGCAGGUAGGUUUGUUGAGCACCCCGGUACUUCUGAAGAGCUUGAUAAACAUAGCAGGAGGGCAUCAGAUAAUAGCAUUUACAACAAUGGGAAGUCCACCAGCAUAUGUGCAAGGUUGGACUCAUUUACAUCAGAUAGUACUGAAAUGCAUCCUGAUGUCCAGAUGCUUGAAGCCACCAGGGAUAUCUGUUUGGACUCUACUCUUUCACAAGUUGCAGAUACAGUUGCCUUAACAGCUGGAAGUGCUGAUGCACAGAUUGAAAAUCGCAGUUUGGAAGAGAGGAACAUGAAUGGUGGAGGUUGUAAUCUAGCAGCAAGCGAGUCUGAUAUGCAAGAUGAGAUCAAGAUCCUUAAAGAAGCCAGGCAAAACAACUCAAUCAUUCCACUUGUCAUUGCACGUGAUGAAAGGUCUGAAAAGCAUAGAGGGGAACAGGAAAACGAAAAAUUGAACAAAAAUGAUGACAAUUGUAAUCUGGUGUCUGAAGGGCAGUCCCAACUUUGGUCUCAGGAGGAUGUUCUUAUGAAUGUGGUUUCUGUUUUCACCAAAUCAACAAACUUAUCUGCUGCUGACUCAAUUGUGACAAGUUCUGAGGAACAGAUAGUCAAUGCAGUCAUUGAGAAAUCUUGCGUGAAUAGUGAAGUUUGUGAAUCUAUGACUUUGGGUGAUGAAGUGCAGCAAGAAAUCCAAACUACUAACAGAAGUAACGACAAGGCACCGGUUUCAUGUAGUUCCACGCUGUUGAAUGAUCCAACCUUUGCUGCAGCUGAAUGUCAUGUUGAAUUUGACAGAGAGACUCAUAUUGUAGAAGAAUUUAGCAAUGUUGUUUCUUCAGAAUUCAAACCAGAAGAAGAUAUUGAGAUUCCAAAAGGAAGAUAUGAGAAACCCAGUUUAAGUCCUACCAGACGAGUCGGUCAACACUCUCCUGCUUCUACAGACAGAUUGUCUGGAGUUGCAAAGGCGUUCUGUGCUGCAGCAGAUUUUCAGCCAGGCCCAACUUCACAUGGUGAAGAAUUUCAGGCAGCAGAUAGAACUAGUGAGGGGGAAUACAUCUCUACUUCAAUGAUAAAGAUGGAAGAAACUCAUCCCUCGUCAUUGGAAGAAUCUUCUGAAGUUCCAAGAGGAAGCUCUUUGGAGGAAGGCACGAGCAGUGGCGUGACUUCAGCCACUCUAGUUCAGCAAGAUGCCCAAACUACAAAUGCAGCUGUGGAAGCGCCCAGUCAUAAUUUUGUUGUUCGAGGAGAAAAUCAGCCUAUACCUGUCUCGGUUGAAGAUGAAGUUCCCAGAGUGAGCUGUGCAAUAGAUGUGACCUUGGAUGAUAAAGAACGGUGGACAAACUCGUACAGUAAUAAGGAACUCAUUGCUAGUCAUGAUACUUCAAAAUGCGAGCCGUCUCGUGUUACAAUUAAAACAUACUUUAGAGUUAAAAGAGGGAGCCGUGCUGCUCGAGAAUUGCACAACGGUACUGAAGUUUGUAUAUCACAACAUGAUAGAGAGCUGGGAAACAUUGAGCCUUCCAUUUUAGACCCCAGACCAAGUCCUGAAAUUGGAAGUAAAAGAAAGAGAGGAGUGGGGCAGAAAAUGGAUGACAACUCCAACUUCAAUGGAUAUAUUAGGGGGCCAUGUGAAGGUCUGCGACCAAGGGCUGCGAAGGAUGCAACAGUUAGUAGGAUAGACAUCCACAACCAGGUCGAAGAGCAGCCAGUGGCAAAGAAGGUGAAGAGACCUUCAGAUGUUCCUGUUCCUCCCAAGGAUAAGAAGAAAGAGCAAGUAAGGAAGCCCCACAGCUGCAACCUAGGGGGCUGUAGCAUGAGUUUUCAGACAAAGGAGGAGUUAAUGGUGCACAAGCGUAACCGCUGCCCACAUGAAGGGUGUGGUAAGAAGUUCAGUUGCCACAAGUAUGCAAUGGUUCACAGCCGUGUGCAUGAUAGUGCUAGGCCCUUCAAGUGCCCAUGGAAGGGUUGCUCCAUGUCAUUCAAGUGGGCAUGGGCCCAGACUGAGCAUAUACGAGUGCACACUGGAGAAAAACCAUACAAGUGCAAGGUGGACGGCUGUGGCCUCUCUUUCAGGUUUGUAUCAGAUUUUAGCCGUCACAGACGGAAAACAGGGCAUUAUGUGAGCUAACGUUUGUAUGACAUUAUUUAUUUUUGAUUUAGGCUACUUGUUGUAACAUAUGGGUAUAAGCAAAAGGGGUUUAUGGGGCCAAAGAGGCCUACAUGAUCUCUCGGUGUAAUCUUGUAUGUGAUCUUAGUUGUACAACUAGGGAGGAAUUAACAUUUCUGUAGGAGCGGUUCACCAUUAUUUGAGUUGAUUUUUUUUGAGCCACAAUCGUUGUCAUUCAA